CCCUGAGUCACAUUGGGUGACCCGCCCGCCGCUUCCAGGGGCGGAGGUGACAGCGGCCCCGGACGGGCGGCCGCACUAGCCGGCGGCACCGAGGGAUCGCGGAGCGGCGGGGAGCAGCCUGAUGUUUCACAAAUCUCAGGAUGAUGUAAGAAAGAGCACGGCUGUAGGAGCUGACACAUGAAAGGUUAUAAAACAUGGAGGCUGGGUCAGUGGUUCGAGCCAUCUUUGACUUCUGCCCUAGUGUCUCAGAAGAGCUGCCCCUGUUUGUGGGGGAUGUGAUUGAGGUGCUGGCAGUGGUGGAUGAGUUUUGGCUUCUAGGAAAGAAAGAGGAUGUUACAGGACAGUUCCCCAGUAGUUUUGUGGAAAUUGUGACCAUUCCCAGCCUAAAAGAAGGAGAGAGGCUGUUUGUCUGUAUCUGUGAAUUUACAUCCCAAGAAGUGAAUAGUCUUCCCCUUUAUCGAGGCGACCUCGUGAUUCUCGAUGGCACUCCCACUGCCGGCUGGCUGCAAGGCCGAAGCUGCUGGGGUGCCCGGGGCUUCUUCCCGUCCUCGUGCGUUCGAGAGCUCUGCCUGUCCUCACAGAGCCGGCAGUGGCACAAGCAGAGUGCCCUGCUGCAGAUUCCCGACUACUCCAUGGGACAGGCCCGGGCGCUGAUGGGGCUCUCUGCCCAGCUGGACGAGGAGCUGGACUUCAGAGAAGGGGAUGUGAUUACCAUUAUCGGAGUUCCUGAACCAGGCUGGUUUGAAGGGGAACUAGAGGGUCGAAGAGGCAUUUUCCCCGAAGGUUUUGUAGAACUUUUGGGGCCCCUGAGGACUGUGGAUGAGUCGGAGAGGUCUGGAAAUCACAAUGACUGCAUGGAAAACGGUGAAGUAGAUACCUCUACUGAAGAGGAGAGAGGGCUGGAAGAGGAGGAUGAGCAGCCAGGGACCUACGGCAUCGCCCUCUACAGGUUCCAAGCCCUGGAGCCCAAUGAGUUGGAUUUCGAGGUAGGCGAUAAGAUCCGGAUUCUGGGGACCCUGGAAGAUGGCUGGCUGGAAGGAUCACUGAAGGGCAGGACAGGCAUCUUUCCUUACCGCUUUGUAAGUGUAUGUUCUGAAACAAAGGUGGAGGAAACUGUGACACCGCCACAGGAAAGCAGCCUUACCAGGGUCCCUGAACCGUCUUUGGAUUGCUCAGAGAACUUAGUCCUGGGAGGAAAAGGUCACGCAUCUCAUGAGUAUGAAGAAGAGACGUCCAGCUGUAUUAUUUCUGAAACAUCUGCUUCUCCCCCAGAUCAUCUGGCCUCUGAAUAUGAACUAAACAAAAUCUCUCACUGGGAUGAGGGCACCUCGAGGGGGCCGCCGAGAAGCCCAGGCCCAGGGCAUGAACAGCCUCUGGCCAGAGACUCUGCCACGAAGGAUUCUUCAGAGGUAGUCAACGGCGUCUCCUCCCAACCUCAUGUGCCUUUUCACCCCCAGCCGCAGAAAAACCAGUAUUAUUCUAGGGCAGGAGGGAGCCAUCCAAGCUCAGGGCAGUUCUCUGACCCUUUUCCUCUAGAAGCAAGAACGAGAGACUAUUCCAGCCUCCCUUCCAGAAAAACACACUCUCAGCCAAAGACUCUAGCAUCUCCUUUUCAUGAAGGCUCCUCUCUCCCAGCCUCUAGGGUGGUCAGGCCCAGCCAGUGGAGCCCUCAACUCCAGGGCAAGGCAAGGUGUCCCCAAAAGUACCACACACCCCAAGGGAAAAACGCUUCCCGCUUUUGUGCAGAGACGAAGCCUGGUCUGCGAGACAUGGCGUCCGCCGUGGAAGCAUUGGCCCUUCCCCAGGGAGACGGCCACGUUGACCUGGAUUCGAAGUUGACGCAACAGCUGAUAGAGUUUGAGAAGAGCUUGUCGGGGUCUGGCUCUGAGCCCGAUAAAAUUUUGCGCCACUUUUCAAUCAUGGACUUCAGCUCCGAGAAGGAUAUUGUCCGAGGUUCCUCAAAGCUCACCACCCAGCAGGAGCUGCCUGCGAGGAGAAAGGCCCUGAGACCACCGCCACCCCGGCCAGCGUCCACUCCUCCCCAUUUGCUGGUGGACCAGAACCUGAAACCCGAGCCACCCUUGGCAGUGCGGCCCUCUCGCCCAGCCCCCCUGCCGCCCUCAGCGCAGCAGAGGAUGAAUGCGGUACCCCCCAAACUCCCAACCUGUAACCGUCCUGCCUGUGAGGACCUAGGAAAGGAGGCCCCUGAGAAUAUGGAAAAGACUUUGGACCAGCCUUCCCAGUGUCCAUUAGUGUUGGUUAGAAUUCAGGAAAUGGAACAGGACUUGGACAUGUACAGCAGGGCUCACGAAGAGCUAAACUUAAUGCUGGAGAAGCAAGAGGAAUCCUUAAGGGCAGAGACCCUGGAGAAUCUUGCAUUCUACGAGAGCAACAUUGAAAAUUUGAAUAUGGAAAUCCAGCAACUUAGAGAAAUGACCCUCCUCUCCUCCCAGUCUUCAUCUCCUGGGGCCGCUUCUGGGUCUGUGUCCACGGAAAACCCGGAGCAGAGGAUGCUGGAGAAGAGAGCCAAGGUGGUAGAAGAACUUCAUCAGACGGAACGAGACUAUGUUCGAGAUCUGGAAAUGUGUAUUGAAAGGAUCAUGGUACCCCUGCAGCAGGCACAGAUACCAAACAUUGAUUUUGAGGGACUUUUUGGAAAUAUGCAGAUGGUGAUAAAGGUCUCAAAACAAUUAUUGGCCGAUCUGGAAAUCAGCGAUGCUGUAGGACCUGUGUUUCUUGAGCACCGGGAUGAGCUUGAGGGAACUUACAAGGUUUACUGCCAGAAUCACGAUGAGGCCACCUCACUGCUGGAAAUCUAUGAGAAGGAUGAGAGGAUCCAGAAGCAUCUCCAGGAUGCCGUGGCAGAGCUUAAGAGCCUGUACAGCGAAUGGGGAUGCACAAAUUAUAUUAACCUGGGCUCCUUCCUCAUCAAACCAGUGCAGAGAGUAAUGCGUUACCCACUGCUGCUAAUGGAGUUGCUGAAUUCCACCCCAGAAUCCCACCCGGAUAAAGCGCCUUUAACCAAAGCAGUACUUGCAGUCAAGGAAAUCAACGUUAACAUUAAUGAAUAUAAACGUCGAAAGGAUCUGGUCCUCAAGUACCGGAAGGGCGACGAAGAUAGCCUCAUGGAGAAAAUUUCUAAACUGAACAUCCACUCCAUCAUCAAGAAAUCCAACCGCGUGAGCAGCCACCUGAAGCACCUCACUGGCUUUGCUCCCCAGAUAAGAGAUGAAGCAUUUGAAGAAACAGAAAAGAACUUCCGAAUGCAGGAACGACUGAUCAAAUCUUUUAUACGAGACCUGUCUCUCUACCUCCAGCACAUCCGGGAGUCGGCCUGUGUGAAGGUGGUGGCUGCGGCGAGCAUGUGGGACGUGUGCAUGGAGAAGGGACACAAGGACCUGGAACAGUUCGAGCAGGUGCAUCGCUACAUCAGCGACCAGCUCUUCGCCAGCUUCAAGGAGAGGACAGAGCGGCUGGUCAUCUCCCCCCUCAACCAGCUGCUCAGCAUGUUCACAGGGCCCCACAAGCUGGUGCAGAAGCGCUUCGACAAGCUGCUGGACUUCUACAACUGCACCGAGCGGGCGGAGAAGCUCAAGGACAAGAAGACGCUGGAGGAGCUGCAGUCGGCCCGCAACAACUACGAGGCCCUGAACGCGCAGCUGCUGGAUGAGCUGCCCAAGUUCCAGCAGCUCGCCCAGGGCCUCUUCACCAACUGCAUCCACGGCUACGCCGAGGCCCACUGCGACUUCGUGCGCCAGGCCCUGGAGCAGCUGAAGCCCCUGCUCUCGUUACUCAAAGCUGCCGGCAGAGAGGGAAACCUCAUUGCCCUCUUCCACGAGGAGCACAGCAGGGUUCUGCAGCAGCUGCAGGUUUUCACCUUCUUCCCAGAGGCUCUCCCAGCUGCCAAGAGGCCGUUUGAGAGGAAGACCGUGGACCGCCAGUCUGCUCGGAAGCCACUCCUGGGCCUGCCAACCUACAUGCUGCAGACGGAAGAACUCCGGGCCUCUCUUCUGGCGAGGUACCCCCCAGAAAAGCUCUUCCAAGCAGACCGGAACUUCAAUGCCGCCCAGGACCUGGAUGUCUCCCUUCUGGAAGGCGACCUGGUGGGCGUGAUCAAGAAGAAGGACCCCAUGGGCAGCCACAACCGCUGGCUGAUUGACAAUGGAGUCACCAAAGGCUUCGUGUACAGCUCCUUCCUGAAGCCCUACAACGCCCGCCGCAGCCACUCGGACGUCUCCGUGGGCAGCCACUCCUCCACGGAGUCCGAGCACAGCAGCUCCUCCCCCCGGUUCCCCCGGCAGAACAGCUGCAGCACCUUGGCCUUCAGCCCCGGCGGCACAGCCGUGGCCUUCACGUCGGGGCCUUGCCAGAAACAGCCUCCAGAUGCGUCUUCGUUGAAGGAACUGGACCGGGCCACUCUCAGCGCUCCCUUACACGUGGGCCGUUCAGAGAGCAGUCCUUCCAGCUGCCCGUCAGACCCGCACUCCGCCUCCCAGCCCGGGCCCUGGGACUCCGCCGACGUGGCCCAGGACGUGGCCCAGCCGGCACCUACCCCGAGGAGCUACCGAAGCGCCCGGCAUCCGGAGGUGGCUGGCUGCUCCGUGCCAGGGCGAAACGGGCAGGAUAACGACCUCCUGAAAGGAUGUGUGGGAACAGCCCAGAAUGUGGAAGAUAAAAACGAAGAGCCGGAGAGCAGCGAGGCGUUAGGCAACCAGGUCUAUUUUGCUGUCUAUACCUUCAAGGCACGGAACCCAAAUGAGCUGAGUGUGUCAGCCAAUCAGAGACUCAAGAUCCUGGACUUUAAAGACGUUACAGGAAAUACAGAAUGGUGGUUGGCCGAAGUUAAUGGGAAGAAGGGCUAUGUCCCAUCCAAUUAUAUCCGCAAAGCUGAGUACACCUGAGCCUACUCUGCUUCCCACUCGCCUUGCUAACCCUCGCUUCCUUCUGCCAGAGGUGCUGGUGGUCCCGAGAGGGCACCGCUCGGGAGGCACAGGCCUGUCCCCAGCGCCCGCCGUGCCCCCGGGGCACAAGACACGACUUGUUCUCCGCCAUUGGGUCCGCCACCUUGAUGCUCACUAGGAUUUCUAGAAUUUGCAAUGAACCCUGGAGCUUGAAGACAAUUCCAUGACCACAAGAAGAGCGGCAAGUCCUGGGUCCGCCGAUGGAAAUGAGAAAUUUCCAAGCAGAAGACAGUAUCUUGUGUCUGCUGGGAGCCAUGCAAUAGCAUUAGAAGAUGUUGGCAUUGGUUGUGCUAUGCUCCACCAUCACCUGACAGAAAUGGACUUGGGUGAAAAGAAUUCUCUGGAAGCCCUUUAGGCUGUGCCUCUGCCUGUGGCAAGGAGUUUGCUGAGAUUGUAUUAAUUCUGGUAUUUCAAAGCUUCAGUGUCCACACACGUUCACACCUCUGUGCCCACCCCAAUUUCUAAAAGUCCUUUUAAAACACUAGCAUGUGUAAUCUGUUUCUUAGCUCCCUGACUGGUUAUGGAACAUUCGAUGGCUUUCUUUCUCCCUUUGAAGGGUGUUUAGCGUCUUUAUUUCCCUUCGACCUCUAUCUGAAGGUUCUCAUUUCUUUAGGUGCAGUCAUCUGCACCGUUCUGAGAGUUAUGUCUACUUUAUACAAUCAGUGUGUGAUAAUCUCCCCAGGCUCUCCCUUCUGCAACCCAUAACUGACAGAUUUUCCAAGGAGAAUAGGAUCAGAGUCCCAGCCAUUUCAUUAGUAGGAUUCACUCUGCAGUGAGCCAAAACCAGCCCGGCCUGGUGAAGACAGGAUACCUUUCUCCUUCAUCCAACACAGUGCUAUCCACGGAUGCAGAAACCUAACACGUGUCUUCUUUUUUAAAAGAUGUUUUUAUUGAUUUCAGAGAGGAAGGAGGAGGGAAAGAGAGAGAGAGACAUCGGUGAUGAGAAAGAAUCAUUGGUUGGCUGCCUCCUACUCGGGAUCAAACUCACAACCUGGACCUGCAUCCCAGCGGGAAUAGAACCGGGACCUCCUGAUUCACAGGUGGACGCUCAACCACCGAGCAACACCUCCUGGCCUAACUCGUGCCUCAUUUGAAGUAGGAUAUUCAGUCCUGAAAGUAGCUCAUCAGAGACUUGGAAUUAGCAUUUUCUGUUUCACUCUAACCUCCAUGUUCCAGAGAUCACAGUCUAAGCCAAAAAGACUCUGAAGUGCCUGGUUGUCCCUUUCUCCGGCCUCAGGAAGAUGUUUGCUAACCCUCACCUGACGACUCUCCCCUGAACGUUCUACUCGAGCAGGGCUCUUAUUAAGGUCUGCCCCCCGUGAAGCCUACCUUGGAACAGAAAACUAUGAAUUUGCCUUAAGAAGGGAAUUAAGGACAGUCUUACAGCCCCUGCUCCACCAAGUGCACCUUCGGCCGAACCACCCUGAUGAGUUGGGAGACACUGGGCUCCCGAGCCCGGGUGCAUGCGGGUCGGUCAGAAGGCAGCAGCGUGAGCCUCUUGUGAAUAGUUUACAUUUAGAGAUGUUUCUAUUGGAGUAGUUAUUUUAUAAAUAAAAGUGUUUCUAAGGACCAUGA